CUUUCAUUCUCUACCUCAAGGGGACCCUGAUUCCUCCUUUUAUUUUGCCCCUUUCUUUUACCUUUCGUAGAGAUCGUGCUCUGCUCUGCUUUGCUCUCACUCUUCCCGUAUGUGUGUGAGUGUGGGUGUGGAGUAGCAGCAUCUUAGCUAUGCUGAGCAAGAUGGGUACCGGAUGGCCAUGCUGAGAAUGGCACAGCAUAACAAUGGCAAUCACAGUUCGAGCCAACAGUCAGUAAAAGCAGUCUUUCAUGACUUUAUGGGCAUGAAGCCCACUGAUUCUCCCAUCGUUGCGGCCCCUAAAACCGCUGGUGCGAAUCCGUCGGAGGCGUCGCCAUCGUCGGUAUCGGUCUCUGUUGGCGCCUCUUCCGGUGGUGCUCGUGGUCCCCUAUCAACCACCUCCGAUAUCGCUUCCGAAAGACAGUUAGGAAAUCACCUCGAGGGAGUCCCAUUCUAUUGCCCGAGGAGCGAUCUUUCUGGCACUGAGAUUAGUAACAGAAUAGUAGGAAACAAGAGAAGUAAUUCUGAUUCCAGUUUUAUGAGUUCCUCCAGAGAUGCCUUCCAAAUGGUUCCUGACUCUCUUCAAAAUUUGCAUUUGAUGAAGAUCCUCCGGAAUGCAGCUGGAGGAGAGCAGCUUAGAAGGUCUAAUGAUGAUUAUGUGUUUCUUGGUAUGCAGUCAAGGAAGCCAACUGUUGCUUCUCACAUAUAUCAGCCUUCCAUGGGCAGCAAGACUGAUGUCAAUAAAUGGGACCGAUCUAUUCUCAUGAAUACUGGCUCUUCCAUGCAACAUCCCCCACAUGGGGGUCAAUUAGCAUCUUUUGUGCACCAGAUACCUUCUAACAAGAGCAGGGAUGCUAAUACUGGUCCUUCGUUUAUUUCUCAAUCUGCUGCUGAUGAGGGAUCUAGGACAGGAAUGAAGAGCCCUGGGAUCUUGAGCUCUAUGAACACCACCACUGCUGCUUACGAGAAAACUCUGUCUGCACCUGGCAGAAGCAGGUCAAAGCCAGUGACUGGUUUAAUAGACCCAGAAUCUUCCAUGCCUCCAAGUCAACAAGGGUUAGCAUCUGCCAGCUGCCAGAUGACUAUUUUUUAUGGAGGUCAAGCUCACGUUUUUGAUAAUGUACACCCCAAUAAGGCAGAAAUUAUAAUGGCUUUAGCUGGGUCAAAUGGGGGAUGUUGGUCCACAACAUACUCCCCAAAACCUGCUGUGAAGCUCACUAAUGACAGUAACAGGUUGUGUGGGGAUAGUGAAACUGGUACAGUGAGUAAGAUCACACCCCCACAGGAGCCUCAUGGCAGAAUAUCUUUCGCGGGUGCUUCUAGUCUUGCCAUCAAAUCUGGCGAUCGAUUGUCUACUCAAGCAGGGGCACGUCAGGGAAGCGUUGCAGCCAAUGAAGAUGUCAGGAAUUCAGUUAAAGCAGCAGAUCCCCGUUGUGAGGACAAAAGGACGCAAUCACAUUGAAUCUGAGUCUAUACUCUGUAACUGUUGUCGGUACCCAUUGAUUAUAAGCCCUGAGGAGAACAGAGAUUGCUCGUAUUCUGAAUACUGUCUUGAUUUUGUUAGACUGCUCUUACUCUGAAAUGUUGGUUUAGUAUAUUGAUCGGCGAGAGUACGAUGGCAAUCCAAUGAUAGUUUAAAUGGGCUCAACAGCCAUAUCAGAUUCACUCUCAGGUAAAACUUACGUAGUCGAUGAUAUCUGAAUCUUGAGGUUCCCAAGACCUCCUUUGCCAUUUUUCCAUUGCUGUGAAAAAUUGGUGCAGUCAAUAGUUAUAUAAAAGUAUAUUAAGUUAUACUAUUCAUAGGUUAUGUUCU